UAGUGGCGUACCUAGAGAAGGGCGGAUGAGGAAGCCGCGCCGGGCUCCAGUUUGUAGGAGCUAUCUUAAUGGGUCAGAAGACAACAUACAACAUACAUUUUUGUCGCUAAGUUCGUUAAAGUCGUUCAGAUGAUGAAUGUUUAUAGAUCGAGAAUAUUAAAAAAGAAAAUUUACUUGAUCAGCUAUGCAGUGAACUGUAAACUAUGCAGUGAACUUUCAGCUAUGCAGUGAACACAAGAUAAAAAAGGGACAGCAAUUCCUUGACUGUAUAUCUGAUGAUGACUGGAAUAAUUUCUUGUCUCUCGUUGUGUUGUCAACAUUAUAUAUCUUGCACACAGUUUACAGUAACAAACAGACAAACUAGAUCUAUAUUUUAACCAAUAUUCUUAGCUAACGUAAACAAUGGCUGAGACUCUCUUUGACGGAAUCUCACUCUUGUUUCAAAAGUCCGCCUAUAGCAACGUGACGUCAUUCGAGCCAUGUCGAAGUUCUAUUGACAACUACAAAUUUUAUCAGUUCUCUCUCAUACCAGCGGUUAUUCUGACCUUACUAAUGGCCGCCACUACAACCAGGAAACACAAACUGCUGAAAAUUUUACGAGGACGCCCAGGUCUGCUAUUCCCCAUGGAUACUUUAACUCGAUCCUCCAGACUCUCCUACGCAUGCGCGUUUGGCGCUACAGCAUUUGUGGUUUAUCAGAUCUCCAUAGAGCACACCUUCGCUUUUGAUUACAAAGGUCCACAGGCUGCCAUUACUUUGAUGGCCAUUUUCUCAAUGAUCAUCUACGGGAUCGUCUUCUUCCCGGUGUUUGCCUGCUUAGCCCUUGGGUCAGCCUUCUCCUUCGGGCUCGGGGCUGUCUAUGUCUGGAUGUUUUUUAUAGUCAAUCUGUACAGACUUAGCGAGUGUACAUUUACUUUGACAGGUCGAGCAGUUCUGUUUGUACGUAUGCUACCAACACUGUUUUGCCUGUGUUACCUGAGCAUCAUGUUGCCUAUACGCUUUGUUCGCGCCAUUCGAAACAAAGACUACUUCCGGUCACCAAUACUGAAGAAACGUCGGUCGGAAACGUUGGAGGAUAUCAAGAACUCUUACCAAGGGAGGCACGUAAGGAAACUCUUGACGAAGCCAGUUGUUGAAGUACCACCAGAAGGAUUUGCUAAUAAAGCCAAGGCAUUUUUCAUGAGUCAAGUCCACAAGCUGGUCUACCGAAGAGAAGAAGGUUUCAGGUACUCUUCCAGACUGUUGGCCGUCAUGUUUGUGGCUGCGUGUGUUGUGUACGUGAUAACUGUUGAGCUGGCGGCCUACUUUUACAAACUCUUCGGCAACAUUCACCAAAUGGUAGUCCAAGACCUGGACAUCAUCGGAUGGGAGGAAAAACCAGGAGAUGGAUCUAUCAUCAACGCUGACAGGAGAGCUUUGCGAUUUGGUUAUUAUGCCACCAGAACCAUCAGGUUUUCUCUGAUGGUGGCUCUCGUUCUGGCUUGCACGCUCAGUUUCUUCACCAUACUUCACAUGAUGUCAUCCUUCCGGAACAACCUCUACUCCAUGUAUCGGGGAGACUUCAGUGUUAUUCCACCUCCUGAGGACAUGGGUCCUGUUGCGCUGUGUACUGGAAGCAUCAAGUUCGCCGGCUAUCAGGUGGCUUACUUUGUUUGGGCCUACAUCGUGACGUUUGGAAUCCUGGGAUUGGUGUGUAUAGCUAUUGGAUUUAUCGUGCACUUGUUUCUGUUGGAACUGACGGACUUCAUUGUUCAUAUAUUAGAGCAGGCAGGGCCCAGUCUUGGCAUAGGAGUUUUCAUGAUGAUUGCCCAGUGGCUGUUGGCCAGGUUUAUAUUUCUCCAAGACAAGGGACAAUACUUAAGACUGGACAACAGACGUUUUUACUUCGUGUUUACCUACUUCUUUUUCUUCUUCAACAUCUUCAUUGGGCUGGUCUCUUGUCUCAUGAGAAUCUUGAAAGCUAUCGGCGUGGGGAUGCUCUUUUUAGGGCGCCUGGAUAACAGCACCCUGCCUCGGAAGUUUGAGUUCUUUGACCCAGGUUUCGCAGCGUACCAGGGUUUCAUACACAUGGAGGCGGCGCACACACACCCAGUAGUGAAUGUAUUCAUACGUUUGCUGGCUUCCGAGAGCAGAAAGAGAAAGAGAGACAACUUGGAACUGAAAGAGAUGAGAACUGAUUUAAAAAAUGGUAGCCCAGUGACCAGAAUAACCAAAGUUGGACAUCAGCGGAGUAAACCAAUCAAUGUAGGGGCCAGAUUUAAUUGGCUAGUGACUUACACAUUGCUACAUAACCCAACGGUACGUAUUUACAGACGCGGGUAUGUGCAAGCCAUGAAGAAGGCUCGACUCGCUGGCAUCAAAAUUCCCAUCAGCGACAAACCCGUCACGACCUUUGACCUGGUCAAAACAGACGAGGAAAGGGAGCAAGAAAAGCAGGAGGAGCUCCUCAAGAUUGAGUCUCUGAAGGCCGCAAGCUCUUUCCGAAACUCCACGAGGUACGACACGGGUGUCGAAGCCCGUCAAGAGAGGUGGGCCAACAGAAGAGACAGGGUGCAGAGGCAGGAAACGGUGGACACGGACCAGGAGUCCAUCACCGAUGAGGAAGGAAGCACCGGAAGUGACGAGACGCCCAAGCAGAGACCUCUGGCGACGAAAGAUAUUCAACUGAAGUUAGAGCGUCUAGAACAUAUAGUCUGAAGUCUGUGACAUUGCUAAGUUGUAUAAUCCUAUUUGACCAAAUGCUAAGAUGAUAAAUAUUCCUUAAUUACUGGUAUGUUUACUCAUGAGGUAGACAGUUUAGAGGCUGCCACAAAAUUACCUAUUGGUAAGCAAGAAAUUAUUAAAUGCAAUCAUUUGCGUAUGCGAAUUUAAAAAAAACGGGACUAGUAAGUUACAUAAAUUAAUUUAAAAUUUAGUUUUAUACAUAGAUUAAUUAAUUUAAUAAUAAUAAUAAUUAAUAUAUUGGCUGAUUGAUUAGAUGACUGAUUGAUUUGUUUGAUUAGAUAGAUAGAUAGAUAGAUAGAUACAGAUAGAUGGAUGGAUGGAUAGCCCCAAUACAAGAGUAGCAAAUCAGUAUUAGUUAAAUGCAUUUAAGUUUUAAAUUAACUUACAUUAAGAUAUUGUUUGUAUGCAAAUAAUAUGUAUUAAAAUGUGACAUGUACAUAAUAUUACAAUCAUUCCAAGGUUCAUAUUCUAGUUUGAUAAUGCUUCAUUUCUGUACAGCUUUUGUAGUCCUACAUUCUAGACAGUGGCGUAGCUACCAAUGUGCGGGUGGUGCGGGCCGCACAGGGCACCAAGUGGAGAGGGGCACCAAAAUUCCCCCAGUGUGUAUUAAUUUCCUAUUUCCCUGAGCGUUUCAGUAAAAACGACUAAUUGUAUGGACACGAGCAAACAUAAACUACUGUAUUUUAAACAUGAACUAACGAUUUAUAAGCUAGUCAUGUCGCUAUUUUGUUUCAUCUCCUCGACUAUUUCUUCCAUACAAUGUAAGCUAUAGCACAGUUUGAAUCUAAUUUACUAGAUUUAUUUCGGACACACGGUACAUGUUGUUACUACACUGAUCAAUGCUCUGUAUUAUAAAAAAGAAGAUAGGCCAACCUUUUUUUACUUCAUUGUUUAGUCCAUUGGUUUAAUCUAGAUAUUGAGUUUACAAAUAUAUUUCUAAACUCUAGCUCUAAACAAUUGUCUUAGUUUAUUCAUUUCUUUAUGAUUCUUUAUAGUUUAAUUUUGGAAAUAAUUCUAUUGUAAUGUCAAUAUUUUUAAAUAAGCUAACCUUUGUUUUCUACGAGUUUUUUUUUAACUAACUAGUUAAUUGUAAUACUGUAACGUAAACAAAAUGAUGAACAGUGCUCAAGACUGACUAGUCUGGCUGGCGCCUCAAAACCCCUUUUAAGCUCAAACGGAGAAAUCGGCAUCUCUGGUUCUGUCCGGUCUGGGUAGACUAUAAGGGCUCCAUACCCAGAUCUAUCGGGGUCCCUUAUUACCGACCCAUCGGUAUAACAGAAAAUGGCAUCUGAUGGGUAGGACUUUAGUGUAACUGAUGCUAAAUUUUGGAGUAUGGCAGGUGUUAAUCGCCUCUUGGUGGCUCCCUCUUGCCCUAUAAGGGACAUGCUUAUUUGUGGGGCCGACUUCUCCUCCACGGAGGGCAAGUACUAAUUAUUCUAAUUGGGAUUCUGUCAGUGGAGAGCCCAGCUGAUUUUGACAAAUUGGCCGCAAUGUGGAGGAACGAUCGCAUUUUAUGCGGUUCCUCUCACUCCACUGUCGCAUUAAUAUUGAGGUGGGUAGCCUAGAGUCGCCCCUUUUAUAGCGGUCAUAGGCUGUAAGUACCGCCCUCUCCCUCCUUAAAUGUAAAGGGGCAACAAAGCAAGAUGAGACGGUUAUCAUUGAAUCCAGAAAAAAAUUAUGAGGCCGACAUCGUGAAAAGAAGAAAAUACUUCAAUACCGCAGGUUCUAGAGACUAAAGGACAGCACACAAGCAUGUCCUCAAAAAUUCAUACUGAAGAAUCUGAACCAUCAGACAGUGUAAACAAUACAGAAAGCAGGAUAAUAAACUCUAAACUGAACGACAUUGGAGAUUGGCCUGAUGUCAUCACAGAUAAUAUUCGCAUACACCUUCUCACUCAAAGAUCUGAAACAGUUCAGCGUAUGGACAGUCAAUUCAGUGAGGCGUAUAGACAUCAAGAAUCAGCAAAAGGAAAGGCUAGAAAGCUUUCAAAGGCUUGUUUUUUCCGGCAAAUGUCAAACGGCGAGAAAGUUCUUAGAAAGUGUAUGUGUUAUUCGCCAAAAAAAAAAAAAGAAUCCUUAUUUUGCUUCCCCUGCACACUCUUCUCAACAAGAUCAAGUACCAAAUCUUCAUUUAAAUCCAAAGAUGGAUUCAAUGAGUGGUGGAGGUUAUCCCCGAAAAUAGAAAAACAUGAGACCAUCAGAGCUCACAUUCAGUCAUCGCUUGCUUGGAGGGAACUUGAAGUUUGCCUGAGAGUAGGGAACAAUAUUGACAACAAGGCCCAAGAUUUGAUUAUACAAGAGACGAAAACCUGGAGAGUUAGUACUAUCAAAGUACGAUCCACUCUUGAGGGAGAAUGUGCUUCGAACUAAUCUUUGUUCCAGACCGAAUACAUACAUGUCUCCACAAAUACAAAAUGAAUUUAUUACAAUAUUGGGGGAUCACGCUAAAAACAAAUCAUACAGCAAGUAAAACAAGCCAAAUAUUUCUCUAUUAUUUUUGACAGUACAUCUGACAUCUCAAAGCUGGAUCAAAUUUCCCAAAUUUUACGGUAUGUUGUCAUGGAGAAUGACGGAUGCGUUUGGAUGGCUUAGACAUAAUGGACUGCAGGGGUCAAGGCUAUGAUAAUGCUGCGGUCAUGAAAGAAUUAACAAUAUUUGAUUAAUGAAUACAUAUUAUUUUUUUAAAAAAAGUAAGGUUUUGCAAUGUUAUUAAUUAGUUAGUUUUUUUUUUUUUGGGGGGGGGGGGGGCAUCAAGAUGAGGUACCGCACCAGGCAUCAUAUACUCUAGCUACGCCACUGAUUCUAGAUGUAAGUAGACUGGCUUGUUUUUAACAGAAAAAAAUAGUUCCUUUUCAUUUGUACAUAACAAAAUAAAAUAUGGCAUGUGAAUAAAUUAUAAUAAAUUAAAACUUUCAACACACCAGGCACAAAAUGUGUUGCUCCGUGUUUAAAUAAACAAACAUAUUUUAGAAAGAAAAAAGUAAGAUACACUUUAAAAGAUGUGAAGAUGAUGAUAAACUUUGAUUUUUAAAAUACUAUUGGUAAAAGAAAAAAAAACUAUUAAAGGGACUUUGCUAAUUUAACAUACAUAGUAUUACGUUUAAACAUACAUAGUAUCAUGUUCAAACAUUAUGUUAACAUUUUUGGACUAAUCAAGAGCAUUUACCAGCUCUAGUGCCCGUAUAGUAUUCAAUUUCCUAUUAUUAUUUUCUGAAAUGCAUAAACCAGUUGUCCCAUAGUUUAUCUAUUGUGUUCUCUGUUUCUCUACACACAUGACACACUCAUGUAACCAGCAGAUUCGUUUUUUAUUCUUGUCUUAUUUUGUAAUCAGAGACAUGUCAUUAUUUUGUGUGUAGUGCUGCAUCUACACUUGAAAAUGACCUAAGCUAUUUGAGAAAUGGGCCCCUUUUGUUAGUUCCAGGUGUUAGCCUAUAUGUCAAUGUUAAAUCAUUUUUAGGGGGCCCUAAGCUAUAUCUCGUGUUGCCUGUAGGAGAAUUGGUAAAUCCGACCCUGUUUGUGAGAGCCGAUUUUAAGUGUGAUUCUGAUGUCAAUAUAGAUUGUAACUCAAGGAAGAAAAAAGGAGCAAGUUGGCAGCAUCUCUAGACCUAAUCUGUUGCAUUUUUAGCUGCAAUUUAAAGCCCUGUGAGGCUCUCUCCCAGUUGGACCUACGUGAAUAUAGAAUAUCCUUUCAGCAGAAUGUCUAAAUGUUGUCAACUAAGUGGAACAUCACAGGUGGCUUGUACAUACAUGUACCUUACAAAAGUUACAAUAGGAGUUAUUUUACGGUUCCUGGUCAUUCCAUCCCCUGGUCAUAUCCUUCCUUGAUAUUUUCAUCAUCUGAUCAUUUUUAUAUCACAAAUUGUAAUUUUAAAAAUCAUGAAAUGAGCAAUAUUUAAUGUAUUCAUUUUUUAUUUAAAUGACAAAAUUGUAACACGUGAGAUUAGAAUAAAAUUAAAAUUAAAUGCCAUUAAAACUAUAAAAAUUGAACAUGUAUAAAUACAGAGGUAAUGUACAAAAAGUGUUUUGUGUUCAUCUACAUCAGUAAGAUAGAUAAGCUAUCGAUUGUAAGUACAGAAGACGAUCCAUCGACUCAUAUUGAUGAACAAUGUUUGUUAUUCUCUUUGCCAGUGUUGCAUGAAGUAUCGAUAGAAAUAACACAAUUAGUAAUUUUAAUGUUUAAAAGGAAUUAAAACAAAACUCAUACAGGCGACAUGAUAGCACGAGGAUGGGUGAACUCCGCCUUUAUUAGAAAAAAAUAAAACCUUAUUUCAAGGCUAAAAAUGACGCGUCAAUUUUCAAGAAAGAGCGAUUGAAAAAUAAAAUUAAGUGAAACAUGGUCGUACUAUCACCACACCUUGGCCUCUGAUGAUAAGUUAUCAGCGGCACGGUCAUAGUUAUUGUAAUCGCACUUCUAUCUCUCAAAAGAUUCCCACUACUUGCACCACAACUUGGCCUUUGAUGAUAAGUUAUCAGCGGCAUGAUUAUAAUUAUUCUAAUCGCACUUCUAUACCUUGGCCUUUGAUCAUUACGUCUUGCGCAGGAUAAUAUUAUAAUAUUACAUCCCCAACAUCCAAUAGAAGCGCUUUAGCUAAGUACACACCCAGAUUUACAAUAUAAUAUAAGAUUUCUCAUUAAGAAUACAAAGUGGAAGAGGAAACACUAUAAACGCAUUAGUAACAUGUCAUAAAAUGUCAAAAGGCAUUCUACAUAAUCAUAUUUAUAUAUUAAAUAUUUCAUUAUGUAUCAAAUGACUGAGAAUGAAGUGACCGGAGGAUGAAAUGACCGGUCACCUGUUUUACUUACUGUGGUUUGUGCGGCUUAAAUAUUCAUCUAAACUUGAAUUUGGUAUAUAUGAAGGAGAGAAGACAAUGCUGUAAAUAGUAUUAUUAUUUUAUUCAUAAUCUUUCAUGUUUUAUGCUCUUAUUUACAAUGUAUUGAUGAAUUUGUGUACAUUUUCUCUUUGUAAUUGAAUUAUACUAUUACUACUACUAAUAAUGACUAUUAUAAUUAUUGCCCUUUUUGAGACUUUUAAAUGCUUCGUACUUAGCUUCAUCUCACGAGGGACAUGCUCGAGACUGUUGCAAUAACAUUUAUUGCUUUCUAGUACUUACUAUAGGUAUGGAUGUGAAUGUGGUAUUUUAAUGGCUUAUGAUUUGAUAUACUGUCCAUGUUUAUUGUUUAUCAUAAAAACAGAUGCAAUUACAUUCUUUUUGUACAUCAGA